UCCGAGACAGUUCCAGGAUUUAGUCCAGUCCAUGACAGUCCGCCGUACCAAACGACCCAUUUGUUCUUAUACAUCCCAAUCAUCGAUAAGUGCAACAAGUGCCUUGGAGAGGACAAAACUGUGAGGAACGCAGUUCUUAUUCUGCGUUCACUUUCAGACAUCCCCUUCUUAAUCCGAAUUGUUAUUAAAAUUCGAAGUCCGGAUAAGAACAAAAAUACUGCUACCGUGCCCAAUUCUGAGCUUCAUGUACAAUCGGAUUCGCUAUGGACCGCCAUCAAGAAAUAUUUUAUGUCUUAUCCAAGGUUGGCUAAAUUUGCCAAGGGAUUAGCUUUGAGGAAGCCUUGGUUAUCUUUUGACUUCAUAGUUGAAUUUCUCGCUAUCCUUCCCGUCCCACAGGUGGCAGUUACAGUUCUCUUUUUCGAAGUGAAAGGUUCUGGAUACUUUUAUGAAAGAUCGAUUAUCAAUCUCGUUCUUCUCUUUCAAUAUUUGCCCAGGAUUUUCCGAAUCUAUCUGCACGCAUCCUCUAUUAAGAAAAUUUGGAUUAAAGGCGUUCUCAACUUUUACCUAUACAUCCUUGCUAGUCACAUGCUUGGAGCUAUUUGGUACUUUCUUGCUAUUCAACGAGAGACGAUAUGUUGGCACGAGGCUUGCAAAAGUACCGAAGGAUGCAAAGCUAUUCAUUAUUGCGAUGAGAUUGACACUAGUCGUUCAACAAAUAAUAUCACAUUCGUAAAUGAAAAAUGUCCCAUAAAUCCAGCAAAUGCAAAGCUGUUUGACUUUGGAAUAUUUCUUGAAGCUCUUCAAUCUGUUAACACUGCAGGCCAAAUAAAUUUCUCAACAAAGUUCUUUUACACUUUGUGGUGGGGCUUCAGAAAUAUGAGUAAUUAUGGCACGGAUCUUAAAACGAGCAAUUACUGGUGGGAAAAUUGCUUUGCAAUUCUUAUUUCUGCUAUUGGCUUACUACUAUUUUCAUAUCUCAUUGGAAACGUUCAGACAUGUAUGCAGCAGUUGACAAGUACAAAUCCUUCGGAGGUUGAGAAGGGGAAAGAGGGCGAGAUACGGUGCUGGAUGUCCAGAAAUUGUCUGCUUGAGUAUAAGAUAGAAGUUAAAAAUGAUGCCAAACAUAAAUCAAAACUUGCGAGACAACAUGUACGCUGAUGCAAAACUUGCGAGUCAACAUGUCAGCAUGAAUACGCUAAAGAAAGUACCCACAUGCUUCAAUAUAUGGAUCCUAAAGUGCUGGAAAUGAUGUGCGGGUAUCUCAAGCCAGUGACUUAUCCUGAGAAUAGCUACAUUGUCAAAGAGGGGGAGCAACUUCAUUUUAUGCUCAUCAUCACAGAAGGCAUUAUAUGGAAGUGGACGCCUACUAGUACUACCUGUAGUUCUGGAAAAACAAAUUCCUCAAUGGUCAGAAAGGUUCUUGAGAAAGGUGACUUUUAUGGUGAAGAGCUUUUGGUUUGGGCAUCACCAGAAAACUCUUUUGCCGUCCUUCCUAUCUCCACCGAAAUUGUCAGAUGUCAUACGAUAGUACAUGCCUUUGUUCUCACGGAUGAGGACUUGAGAAGUGUAGUCUCCAAAUGCGGAUCCCGAUGGAAUUUCAAAAAUUCCAACAUUAAUUCUCAUCAUGAUCGGUGGAGGAGACAAGUCCACCAUGCAAACUUAAAUAGAAGAAAAUCUAGGGUGUUUUCACGUAGUCUUACCAGUUCAUCCAUGUUAUAACAUGUGUAUUUAUUAAUACUACUCUAGAUCCAUGACAUAUUAUCCAUGUCGUCAAUUUA